GCCGCCGACGUGGGCCCGGCUCCCGGCGCCUUUGUGAGCGUCGCGGGCUUCGCCGACGGCGGCGCCAUGAGCGGCCCGGGCGGCGCGACGAUGGCGCCCGCCGGCCGCGAGCCGCCUGCGCAGGAGGAGGCCAUGACGUGGUGGUACCGCUGGCUGUGUCGCCUGUCGGGGGUGCUGGGGGCCCUCUCUUGCGGGAUCUGCGGCCUCUUCAACUGCAUCACGGUCCACCCGCUCAACAUCGCGGCCGGCGUGUGGAUGAUCAUGAACGCCUUCGUCCUGCUGCUGUGCGAGGUGCCCUUCUGCUGCCAGUUCCUCGAGUUCGCGAACACGGUGGCGACGAAGGCGGACCGGCUGCGCGCCUGGCAGAAGGCCGUCUUCUACUGCGGGAUGGCUGUCGUCCCCAUCGUCAUCAGCCUGACGCUGACCACGCUGCUGGGAAACGCCAUUGCCUUCGCCACCGGGGUGCUGUACGGACUUUCCGCUCUGGGCAAGAAGGGCGAUGCCAUCUCCUACGCCCGGAUCCAGCAGCAGAGGCAGCAGAUGGACGAGGAGCAGCUCACUGAGACCCUGGAGGGGGCUCUGUGAGGCCAGCUGAGCCGCCUUCUGCCCCAGCUUGUGGGGGCGCUCUCUGCCCACCCUCCAUCUCCUGGGCACGUCCCACAGGCACCGGGCCUGGAGAAGGAGCCUCGGCCUGGCUCCAUGGCCCCCCUCAUCCCCCUCCACAUCUGGACUCUACCUCGGACGACAGCAAGGGAAGGUCGAGUGAGCCUUGGGAGAAACUGAGGCUGCAGCAGUGCUGUGCGGAACAGCCCGGCCUGGCAGCCCACCCGGCCUCAGGUGGGCAGCUGGGAAGGCUUCCUGUGGUUGGCAGAACCACUGAUGGGAUGAGGGCCCAGGAGGAGCUUCCCCAGGAGGGCUGUCCUGCGCGAGGCGCACGGUGGCCAGCCGGCCUCCCGGACCCUGCCAUGAGACUUGGGUCCCGGCGUUGACCUGUUUGGCCUCCUUGCAGCCACCCAGGCAGGAGAGCGUCCUGCAGGCUGAGCCCCCUGGACCUAGCCUCUGCCCACCUGUUGCCGGGGCGACAGGCAUGUGGCGGUACAGUGGUCUGAGGUCUGCCCGCUGCUGCCCCCAGUGCCUCUCGGCUCUCAGUGGGCGCCUGUGGUUCUCCCAGGUUGUGCCCCCACCCAGAAGGGCUGCCUUGGGCCUGUCUGGGUAGCUCACCCUGGAGGGAAUGCCCCUCCCCACCACCUGCUGCAGGCCUUGGUGCUAAGGAAGUGGGAGAGCAGGCUCUCCCCUGCCCCCAUGGGGUGCCCACAUCUCCAGUAGCCCAUGCUGUUAGAGGGGCUCAUCUUGAGCCCCUCCCCUGUGAGCUAUCCCCUCUGCCCUGGAUAUCAGCUACCAGGGAGCAAGGCCAGUGCAGAGGGCAUGGAGAGCUGAUAGCAGGACCCCAUCCUUCCUGCACGCGGCCUGCCUCUUCCGUCCCGUGACAGGCCACAGCUGCUCACAGCCAGUUGGGUCUGCAGCCGUGGGGGUCUGGCUGGGCCUGGUGCAAUGGUGGACAGAUGUGGGCUGGUCUGGACAGUUUCCACCAGGGGCCCAGCUCCGUCUUCCUCCCAAGAUGCCCACCAGGCCUGCAUGUAGCUCGCGGAGCUUGGGGAACGGGGCUGCCGUGCUUGAGGCGAACAGCAGGCCCCGGGCUGGGAGCAGCUGCUUGGGGCACUGCCCCGGGCGCCUGGCUCAGCAGCCCUGCCUCCCAGCCCUCCAGGGAGUCUGUGCCCUGGGGGACAGGUGCUUGGCCUGGCGGGGGCCUGUCUUCCGUGGGUCUCAGGCCAUCACCCUCAGGCCUGGCCUCCGGGCAGGCCACUGUGUGUGCAUGUGUGCGUGUGCCUUCUGAGUGGGCAGUGAAUGACCAUUCAUUCUACCUCCGGGAGGAGCAGGGCCCACCUCCCCCUUGGCUCAUCCUUGUCCAAGAAAUGGGACUUGGGCUGCUGCUGCCCAGCCCCACACAGGCAGGGGUCUCUUCGCCUGCAGGAGUGGGGAAGAGAGGGCACCAAGGCAGGCCACAGCUCGGGGCAGAGGAGGGAGGCCUUCAGGGCUCCCAGGCCCUCCUCAGGGUCACAGGCCAAGGCAGGUCACCUGCCUGGGGUUCCCAGCAGGACUGUCAUCCCAGGGUCCCCUCGCCAGGAGUCUGUCCAAAUGGCAGAGGGGUCCUGGCUGGCUGGGCCGCCAGGUGUCCCCCCACCUCCUGCAUGUUGACCCGCUAUGUCUCUGCCUCCCUUUACCAGCCCUGUUUCCUUGUCAAUGUUGCACUGGCACUCAAGGCAAUAAAGCAGGGCUGUGGUUGG